AUGCUUUCCACAAUUGCCAGAAAAUAUCUGACUACUACUAGUCGUAGAGCUAUUCCAAAAAUGUGUCACUAUUCUACAAAAAUUGGGGAAAACCGAGCUGAGAAAGGCCUUGUGCUUGGGUUGUAUCAGCAGGAAAUUGACACUGAAGAACCACGCCUUUCUCCGACUGCUAUUCACUUCGAUGCCAAGACCGAUGGACAACUCUUGAACCUGAUCAAAGAAUGCAAUUUGAAAGGGCAGCUAGGAACCGUUAAAGUAUUCAACAAUCUCGAUCCCGAAAUAGGAUCGAUUGCCAUUGUGGGACUUGGUAUUGAAGGAAUUGGCUUCAAUGAACUUGAGGUCAUCGAUGAAGGGCUGGAAAACGUACGAGUUGCCGCCGGUAUCGGCACUAAAGCGCUUGCAAAUGAAGGUUGUACACAGAUAUAUGUUGAUCCGAUGGAUUACCCUGAACAAGCAGCGGAAGGCAGUGGCCUGGCUACGUGGCGCUAUCAAGCAAACAAAACGAAAAAAGAUCGCAAACCUAUCCCCAAAUUAGAUCUCUACGAUUCGUCUGACUUAGAUGCAUGGACACGUGGUCUCUUCAAAGCAGAUGCGCAGAAUUUGGCACGAAGCCUUACCGAUGGCCCAGCUAACCAAAUCACACCAACAACCUUUGCACAGGCUGCUGUUGAUGCAUUAUGCCCGUGUGGAGUAAACAUCGAAGUUCGCAAUAAGGACUGGGCUGAAGCAAAGAACAUGUCCUGCUUCUUGUCAGUUGCUCGCAGCUCUUGUGAGCCUCCAAUUUUUCUAGAGAUAAGUUACUGCGGAGAUGACAAGUCGGGUCGUCCGAUCAUGCUCGCAGGCAAAGGAAUGACUUUCAACAGUGGUGGAUUGUGUUUAAAGAACCCGGAAGACAUGGCAAAGUUUCGUGCCAGCAUGGCGGGAGCAGCAUCGGUUGUGGCAACUAUUCGUGCAGCCGCAGCGCUGUCAUUACCGGUCAACCUUGUCGGAUUAAUUCCUCUGUGCGAGAACAUGCCUUCAGGAAUGGCUUUCAAACCAGGCGAUGUUAUCACGGCCAUGAACGGCAAAACUGUAGCCGUGCACGACACAAACAACGCCGGUCGACUAAUGCUAGCCGACACAUUCAUCUACGGACAGACUACGUUUAAACCAAAAACCGUCAUCGACAUUGCUACGCUAUCUGAUGGUGUAGUCCAUGCACUAGGCGGAGCUGCUAGUGGAGUAUUCUCCAACUCGGACUUCUUGUGGGCUCAGUUACAGAAAGCGGGAGCUAUCAGCGGCGACCGUGUAUGGCGUAUGCCAUUAUGGCAGUACUACACGCAAAAAGUUACCCAGUACAGCAACGUGGAUAUCAGCAAUGCUGGACGCGGUAAAGGUAGUGCAUGUUUGGGUGCAGCUUUUUUAAAAGAAUUCGUACCUUGUGUGGACUGGGUGCACUUGGACAUAACGGGAGUUGGAAUGCUAAAGAAAGGAGCUGGUAUUCCAUAUCUUGCUAAUGAUAGAAUGACAGGACGACCAACGAGAACACUAAUUCAGCUGCUCUAUCAACUAGCCUGCCCAGAGCAACAAAAACGUCUAAUAGAGAAAAAAUCAGGAUCAUAA